UCCUUUAGACAGUAUCCAGAAUCUUGCUGCUUACUACAUUGAGUGCGUGAGGCAGGUGCAGCCAGAGGGGCCGUAUCGCUUUGCUGGCUACUCGUUUGGUGCUUGUGUGGCUUUUGAGAUGUGCUCACAGCUGCAGGCAGCCAAAUGCCCUGUGGAAUACCUCUUCCUGUUUGACGGCUCACACUCUUAUGUGGCAGCUUAUACACAGCGUUACAGAGCCAAACUGACCCCUGGCAAGGAGUCUGAGGCAGAGACUGAAGCUCUGUGUGCUUUUAUCCAACAGUUCACUGGCAUUGAGUACAACAAGCUGUUGGAGACAUUGUUACCUCUGUCAGACCUGGAGGCCCGUGUGAACAAGGCUGUUGAUCUGAUCACAUCCAGCCAUAAGAAUGUCAGCCGAGAUAUGCUCCAUUUUGCUGCUUCUACAUUUUACCACAAACUGAAGGCUGCCGACCGCUAUGUUCCAGCUUCUAAGUAUCACGGCAAUGUCACCCUGCUGAGAGCCAAGGCCAGCAGCGAGUACGGUGAUGGUUUAGGAUCUGACUACAAACUGCACGAGGUGUGUGAUGGGAAGGUGUCGGUUCAUGUGAUCGAGGGAGACCACCAGACCUUCCUAGAGGGCGAGGGUGUGGAGUCCAUCUCAGGCAUCAUCCACAGCUCACUGGCUGAACCCAGAGUCAGCACCAGAGAGGGCUGAACAUUCCCGCUCUUUUAUUAUUAUUUUUUUCACCCUUACUCUGUUGCUUUCACCUGACAAACCAAAACUGUGUCCCGGC